UCCAAGCCCAUGAUGUGUGUGUGUGUGUGUGUGUGCGUGGGUGUGUGCGUGUUUGUGUGUGUGUGUGGGAAAAAUAUUAACAAAGAAACACUGGUGGAUGAAGGGAAGAGAGAUGAUGGGUUGACUUUUGGAAAGCAUCUUUAUUGAAAGACUGAAGAACAUGAAUUCCAAAAAAGUCCUCCAUUUUGUUCCAUCUGAGGCUCCAUCCACUGGGAGGUCUAAGAAUGGAUAUGUUUUCCAGGAGAUGGAGCUGAAGGAUGGAGAGAAGGACGAUUCAGAUCAGGACUCACCUACCAUCAUUACAGACAAUCUUUAUGAAAAUGACAUCCAUCUCAGUGUUUCAGACGCUGGAGAUCCUGGCUAUGGACUUUUAAACACGACAAGAAAAUAUGUAAAGCCCAUGAACUUCCAAGAGGAAGUGCGUGCCCACAGAGAUCUGAACAGCUUCCUUUCUCAGGCCAGCAUCCUUCUGGACGAAAAAGCUGCCACUCUGGACGAGGUUCUGAGGCGAAUGAUUGCUCACAUGGUGGAGGACGGCCAUGGCAGCUGUAAUGUAGAAGAGGUGAUGAACUCACUGUUCACAGAUGCAGGAGGCAGAGAUAUUAACGUUCACCUUCUGAUGGAGACUAUUCAGGGUGUGACUGCUACUUCAACCGGUAUUCAUUAUCAGCAGUCUUGGCUUUGCAUACUCUCCAAUGUGAGAAACCUGCAGAGGCGUCAUGUUUGUAUUACCCGCCUGGAGAGGCCACAGAAUUGGGGAGUCAACUGCUGCGAGGCCCGUUAUGUUAUCCUGAUCCUCGCACCGCCUAGAACGAAAAGCACCAAGACGGCUGUUGAACUGGGUAGGACAUUUGCCACAAUGUUCUCUGACAUUGACUUCAGGCAAAGGCUUCUGGAGACCAAAAGUCAGGAGGAGUUCAAACAGGAGCUGGUCUCCCAGCGACACCAGCUCUCUGUAGCCAGCGAGAAGACAGUGGUAGAGGAAGUGGAAGACUCGGACCCACGAAGAGGAAAAGCACUCCAGUGCAGAGAUUUCUUCAGAGCUGGUAAAGGUGUUUAUGAUGACCUUCGUCGGAGACUGCCUCUUUAUCCUUCAGACUUCACAGACGGUAUAACAGGGAAGGAUCGCUGUUUACUGAAAUAUAUCACCACAGCUAUCUUCCUCUACAUCGCCAUUCUCCUGCCUGCAAUCGCUUUUGGUUCUCUGAAUGAUGAAAGCACAAGAGGGGAAAUAGAUGUUCAGAAGACCAUUGUUGGCCAAAGCAUUGGAGGAGUGAUCUACUCUCUGUUUGCUGGUUCCCCUCUGGUCAUUCCUCUGACCACUGCACCCCUGGCCAUUUUCAUCAGCGUCAUCAGGGGUAUCUGUGAUGACUACGGCCUCGACUUUGAUGCUUUCUACGCCUGCAUCGGUUUAUGGAACAGCUUCUUCCUUAUCCUCGGAGGCUUAUUCAAUGUCAGCCUGAUGAUGAAACUCUUCAAACGCUCAACAGAAGAGGUCAUUGCGUUGUUCAUCUCCAUAGCUUUUGUUGGGGAUGCAGUGAAAGGCACUGUCAAAAUUUUUGAACACUUCUACCACGGGCCAACGUUGGCAACCACAAACAAAACUGUGGUGCUUCAGCAGAUAAAUGAGAUUCUAGAUGGGAUUGAGAACCAAACAACCACCAAGCUGGAGCAUAAAAUUGGGACAAACAUGUCACUGUUUGAACAUCCGGAAGAGAAAACGUUAGUCUUCCUGCCGGAGACACUGGUGGAAAGCACAAGAGAAAGGCCCAUCCUCUGUCUGCUGCUCAUGUUGGGGACUUUGUGGCUGGGUUACGCACUCUACCUCAUCAAGAGGAGCCCGUACCUGAAUGGUAAAAUCAGAGAGGUGGUGUCUGACUGUGCCUUGCCUAUCUCCGUGGUGAUAUUCUCCUUCAUUGGCUCCUAUCUUUUCAUUGACAUACAGCUUCCUGUAUUCAGUGUCCACGAUGGUCCAAUCUUCAAGUACCCUGCAUUUGAAAACCUGACAGGACUGACUUCACUUGCUGCGGUUGGACUUGGUUUCCUCCUUGCACUGCUAAUCUUUAUCGACCAGAACAUCGUCAUCUCACUUACACAUGUACCGGAACAUAAGUUGUUAAAAGGCACGGCGUUCCACUGGGACUUAAUGCUGACUGGCUUCAUCAACAUCCUCAUGUCCUGUCUGGGGUUGCCAUGGAUGCACGCUGCCUUUCCUCAUUCCUCCCUACACGCCCGUCAGCUUGCCAAAGUAGAACAGCACGUAGAGAACGGACAUGUCUACACAACGAUUGUUAGUGUCAAAGAGACUCGUCUAACCUCACUAGCAGCGAACAUCCUGAUUGGCCUGUCUGCAUUCAUGCUACCUAUCCCUCUUCAGUGGAUCCCCAAACCCGUGCUCUACGGCCUCUUCCUUUACAUUGCAGCCACCUCACUUGAUGGAAAUCAGAUGGUAGAUCGCAUGACCCUGUUGCUAAAGGAGCAGACGUCUUACCCUCCGACCCACUACAUACGCCGUGUGCCUCAGAGAAAAGUGCACUACUUCACAGCAGUGCAGAUGAUCCAGCUCAUCAUCUUGUGUGCGUUUGGGAUGUAUCCUCUGCCCUACAUGAAGAUGGUGUUUCCUCUGCUCAUGAUCCUCCUGGUCCCUAUCAGGAUAAGCUUGCUUCCUCGAAUGAUUGAUGCCAAGUAUCUGGACAUCAUGGAUUCCCAGUACAUGUAGGACAGCUGAGCAACAUUGUGAAAAGAUGGAAGACAGAAGGGAACAGACCGACAAUAUUUAAUGUACCCACGCGAUUUCACCUGAAGCACCUAAUAGUGACAGGGUUUCCACUUCUUUUCCAUAAACCUCACUGUAACUCUAACUGCCUUCAAUCUGAAGCAUUUCUGCAGUUUAGUGUCACUCUCAUAGGUAGAAAAAAAACAUAUAUACACACAGAUAAACAUAUAUGUUUGUCACGUUUUAAAUAAAUACAAAUGUUAGUUGUUUUAUUCAGAUAUAUUUUUAAAUGAGGGUCACUUCUGUUGUAAUGUUUUAAAUCACAUGCUGAUGAGGUGACUUCACUGCAAGCAAUUUGACAGAACAAACCAUUUUAACACUUAAAAACGAUCACCUCUCUUAAGCAGAUGUUCAUUUAGUUAUGAAGCUUUUAUUCUGAUGAGUCACAUGAUGUAUUAUAUGCUGUCAUGGCUGUGACAAGUUGUUUUUUUUAUUUAAAUAUUGGAGGGCCAAAUAAAAAAACUUUUAACCCAACUGGUUUAGCACAAUUUACCACAGUAAAUUUAUAUGUUUCAAAGAGAAAUAUGCACAGACUUUUUUUAAUUUUUAUUUUUUAUUUUUUGCACAAUUCAAGUCUGAAAAUACAAAUCCAUCCCACUGCAGGGCUCUUAUAGUUUGGUGGAGGACUGCUGCGACUAUUUUGAUUUGAAAAGGACACCAAUAGAUGGCAGUGGAGGAUCACACCUCAUAUAUUCAAAUUCCACCUUGUGCAUGUGCGUGUGUGUGUAUGUGUGUAUGUGUAGUAUCCAUUGUAAUACAGAGAAAAGGAUAUAUCCAUGGCAGCCUUCAUCUUGUAAAAGAGAUGGUGAUAAUGAAGUUAUGACCACCCAGUUAUUAAGCAUGAGUGGUUUCCAAAUGUCACCAGGUUUAUAUGAUCAGACAUCUAAUUUGUUUCAUGUGUUUGUUUUCCUGCACAGCCACUUUUCUAAUCCAACACCUGCAUUAUUCGUCUGUUUUCAUCAAAACUUUCAUUAAUACUGCAAAGUUGUCAGAGCAGCUGCUGUUUUCUAUUCUGUCUGUACUCAGUGCUUUUCAUAUAUAUGUAGAAAUGUGUGUUUGAUGUGAACCUACAAUAAAAUUCAAAGCAUUCACAUUCACAAGCUGUUCACUAUUAAUGCCAUGAAACAAUAAAGUGGCUAUUAAAACAAUCAGA